UUUAGGUAUUGGUUUUCGGUUCGCUAGAUCUUGCUUCGUUUGACCGGCCUGUUCCUGUAAGAACUGAAAUCGUCCUUCAAGCAAAAAUUGCAAACAUUCUCGAAGAAAACUUUUUUCGUGAUAAUGAUGUUGGUGUAUGAUAGUGCGAGUACGAUGGAAUAAUAAUGCACAAAGGAUCAUAUCGCGCGUGUAUAGGUUAGUGCCACAAAGUCAGCAUCCUUCAGAUAGUAGUACGUUGAAGAUAGCACGCUGAGCUGUCAGAAAUCGAAGAUCUGGAGCAAACGAAAGCGAAAGUGCAAGUGCAAAUUAUCGAACCAAUCCGGCGGCGUCCACCCCCGCCGCUGUAUUUGUCCAAAAAAAAAACGGAGUUGUCUGUCGCUAAAGUCGUUAGCUGCUGACCGCCUUGGAAACUUAAGCUCUCUGUGGCACCGCCCCGUACUCCCACCAGUAACUUAAGUCACCACCCGGUGGUGGGCAACACUCUUUCUCUCUCUAUCUCUCGCUCUCCAACUAGGAUUACCACCAUUCCGCAUCUGGGGUGAUGCUGAAAUAUCUCUCCGGCCAGUCUCUCACCUGCGCGAUCAGUGUGGUCAGCCUUUUGCGGACCCGAGAGGAUCGCGAAGAUUUGCAGUACUAUCAAAAGCUUUCCGGAUGCGAACCGCGAAGCUCCACUUGAGAACGGUUCCUGCUGUGUAGGUUGUGUAUUCGCAGUGUGUAUUCGAGAAGGAAGAUUCGUCUCAAUCGAAACUGAAAGUGAAUCCACCGGUACGAGCUUGAAAGUGAAUCUGUUGGUCCAGUUAAUGAAAGAAACAAAAACUUUUCGAUAGAGCUCGGCGCUCUUGAGUAAUCAUAGAUUUUAAACGGAAUAUCCGCAAACUGAGAUAACAAAUCUGUUUAGACAAAUUGAAGUGAAUAAAAAAAGAAGUGUUCGACCGAAGUGUGAAAUUGUGGAUUGAAAUUGUGACAACGGUAAAGUGCUUUUCGUGCUGGAGGAGGAACAAGAUCAGCACCAGAGGGUCCUAGCACCUUCAACAGGUCUGAGCCAUGCUAUAAUUGUUGUUUUGAUGUUGUGCCGCUUGCUCGCUUUAGUUCUAGGAAUAGUGCUUGUGUGAAACAUUUUUUAGUUGUAAACUUGACUUUCUACAGUUACUCAUAAGUUGCGUUCAGUUUUGUACUUCUGGUAUUGGUAAACGUUUUACGAAAUAAACAACUGAAAACCGGGAAGGAUGCUGCUCGUCCGUACGUAUCCUGUGCGAAAUCCAAUGCAAACCACCUGUUGUUGGUUCGCGGUGGAUGCCUCGCAAAUUCCGCACAAAAAGUGAGUGUUUUUAAAUUGGACUGAGCAGCCAGUGUUCGAAGCGAAAGGUAGAGGACAUGCGAACCCGCUUGGCUUCGUUGAUUGUCGUGAAGCAGGAACCUUUGUCGGAUGCGGGUGACGACUACUGUAGGGGUUUCGUACCGGAAUCAGGGAUCAGAACUGUCACAGUUGACGAACUGAACAAUAACGGCACCAACGGUAAUGGCCAUUGUGAGCUACGGGAUCAUGGGUUCGGUGUGCCAUUUCUCUAUGGACGUGAAUUCCCGACGGGAACCGCAUGUGGUCACGGUGAUCUGAACAACAAUCAGCACUCCGGACAGGAUUUUCAGUUGUUUGACGAGAAAAAGUGUGCUCAACAACUUCUGUCGCAAGUUGUUAACUCCCCGCUAUUGAGCACGGUACAAUCGGCGACGGUUCCAGCGAAGACGACGGCCGCGACGCUCCUGAAUACUGUGUCACCCACAUCCAGUGCAGCUAAGUGUCUGAACAGCUCGGGUUCUCCUCACCUCAGCGGGUCACUGCGGAAAGCGACCGGUGACAGCACCUCCGGUACCAGUAAUAGUAACCCCAGUAUGUUACUAUUGCAAACUCAGGCCUCUUCCUUUAGUUCAGUUUCUUCGUUUGAUUAUUUACUAUCACAGCAACAGAACCAUCCUGAGCAGUCAUACCAUCAGCUAGGCGCCUUCGGUCCUUCUCAUCAACAAUCUCAACACCAAGAGCAGCAAAUCGUACCAGAACUGUUGCCAACAUCGAAUCAGUUAGACAAAUUUGUGGACUUUUUUGGUUCAUCACAGUCACAAACACAAGCAGAGUCAAUCGCUACCGAAUCAUUCAUAGAUCAAGCACAACAUUCUAACAGCUCCAGUGAUACUUUGGUUGGACUCGAAGAACAUCCCCCCACGUUCGGUGAAUCGAGUGAUAGUAUCUCCUCGGUCUUACUGAAAGCCUCCUACAAGGACGAUAACCUCGCCGAACUAAGAGAUCCUUUCAGUACAAGUUCUCCUCGCACGCAAGCCACCGAACCCGAACCAGAUCUCCUCCUGGAAUCAUCUUCUACUGAAGAGCUUGGAUUAUUAACCCUUCGAUCGAGCAGUGAUCCAGUUCUCGCAAGUAGUGCUCGACAACAGCAGCCUCCAAGUCAUCCUUCCUUACUGCAGCAGAAACAACAGCCGCAACCACCGCGACCCAGUGCAAGACAAAUCACUUCGACAGAAGUAGUUGGUACUAGUGGAGUAAGUUCUAUUCUACCAAGCUUUCAAGAGACAUACCCAAUUAAGUACAAUCAGCUAGCCAACUUUGGCUUAAAAAUGGACGAAGAUUGUUUCAAAAUUGCUGCCUCGCCGCAUCACCAAAAUGUCAGUUACGGUCAUCAAAGCUACGGGCAUCAUACCGCCGUCCAGCAGCCACAUUACGAAUUCCAACAACACACGGCAGCUCCCAACAUGCAAUACAGCAAUCCAACAUCCGGUGGAAGCUUCUACUCACCCGCGUACGAACAGCACGCAGCGAGCUACGGUGCAGUGACACCACAAGAUUCCUACUCUCUCCCACCAUUCCCUACAAUAGCCGAACUACAUGUAUCGACCACGUGCUAUCGGCGCGCUUCACUACCGCUCCAGCGAUCAGAAUCUACAUCCAGCAGUGAAAGUCCGAAACCUCCUCGAGCAGGAAUUUAUAAAUACACCGCUCUACCAAGUGCGUCUAGUUCAGCAUCUAGCUCUCCCGGUUACAUCAACAAUAAUAAUCCGAAUACGGUGAACAAUAACGAAGUAGCAGCCGCCACGGCAGCAGCUGUCGGUGCUGUCACUCCAAUUCCUCGUGGGCCGACUCCCCAAAGCCCUUCUCAGCUGUGUGCUGUGUGUGGUGACACCGCUGCAUGUCAACACUACGGUGUACGGACGUGUGAAGGGUGUAAGGGGUUUUUCAAGCGAACAGUACAAAAAGGCUCCAAGUAUGUUUGCCUCGCAGACAAGGCUUGCCCUGUGGACAAACGACGGAGAAACCGUUGUCAGUUCUGUCGAUUCCAAAAAUGUUUAACCGUCGGUAUGGUCAAGGAGGUAGUACGAACCGACUCUCUGAAAGGUCGUCGGGGUCGACUGCCGUCAAAACCAAAAUCUCCACAGGAAUCACCACCGAGUCCACCCGUUUCGAUGAUUACUGCCUUGGUACGAGCUCACGUCGAUACCACUCCCGAUCUCGCUAGCUUAGACUACGGUCAGUAUCGUGAACCUGGCCACAAUGAACCAAUCAUCUCUGAAGCGGAGAAGGUACAACAAUUCUACAACCUCCUCACAACGUCUGUUGAUGUGAUCAAGCAGUUUGCCGACAAACUACCCGGAUUCAGCGAUCUCAGUUCCGAUGAUCAGGAACUCCUGUUCCAGUCGGCAUCCCUUGAAUUAUUUGUACUGCGGUUGUCCUACCGUGCUCGGAUCGACGACACCAAAAUGACGUUCUGCAACGGAGUUGUUUUACACAAACACCAAUGCCAACGCUCGUUCGGCGAUUGGCUCAAUGCUAUUCUGGAAUUCAGCAAAAGCUUACACUCGAUGGAGAUUGACAUCUCGGCAUUUGCCUGUUUAUGCGCGCUCACUCUCGUAACAGAACGAUACGGUUUACGGGAACCGAAAAAGGUCGAAUUACUGCAGAUGAAAAUCAUCAGCAGCUUGCGGGAUCACGUGACGUACAAUUCAGAAGCCCAGCGGAAGCCACACUAUUUCAAUCGGCUACUGGGGAAACUCCCGGAGCUACGAUCACUUAGUGUCCAAGGAUUGCAGCGGAUAUUCUACCUUAAGCUAGAGGAUCUCGUACCGGCACCGCCAUUAAUCGAGAACAUGUUCCUCGCCAGUUUGCCAUUCUAAGCUGAGAAAUAGGGUGAGCAAUAAAGCAGGCUCAGUUUCCUGAUGCUUCGAACAAUUCACGGGAAAAAGCCAACCAAGAAUGACUAGAUAACGACAUGCAAGUUUUAAACUAUUCAUAGAACUAUCCAUGAAUUUUAUAAUGCUGCUGAUUUUGUUUCGCCCGUGUGAACGUGGAAGUGUGUUAUUCGGCGCGUGUGAUUACUAGGCAAAGAGCCGAAUUUAGAUAUAUCUUUCACAAUAAAUGUGCAAAUCACAA